AUGACAAACUUAGAAAACAUCUGUGGCAAGUUUAACUCCUCAAUAGAGAAUAUGAAACUUAUAGUUUGCAAUGAACUUCAAAGUAUAGAUACAACAAAAGUUUUGAACUCAGAUGCUUUGAAGAGUCUUAUAACAGACAAAGUUGGAGUUGUUGAAAGAAAGUAUAAAGACCAAAGAGUUUGUGAAAAUGUUGCAAACUUCAUUAUGGUUUCAAACAAUGCUGUUCCGAUGAAGUUAGAAAGUUCUGACAGAAGAUAUGUAGUUGUCAGAACGUCAGAUUCUCAUAUGCAAGAUACAGAAUAUUUUGACGACUUAGCAGAAACUUUGACAUCUGACUUUUACAACCACUUGUUCUCAUAUUUCAUGACAUUAGAUAUUUCUAAGUUCAAUCCAAGACAAAUUCCACAUACCGAAGAGAGACAAACAUUGUUAGAAGCAAACAAGAGUGUAUAUGAACUGUUCAUAGAUGAAACUGACUUUGUGUCAUUAGAUGAAAGGUCAUUGUACGAUUCGUAUAAACAAUAUUGUCAAGAAUAUGGUUAUAUGACAGCGUCUAAACGAACAUUCUUGGCAAAUGUCAAAAGUCUUUUAGAUGUUCAGAAUGGUGUAUAUACAAAGAAAAAUUUUUCUGAGUAA